CCACCAGCCAUAAAAAGAGAGAAUUCAUUGAGCACCAUUUGUUAUCCAAAUCUUUUAUUUCUUAUCCAAUUUUAAUCGAAUAUUAAAUUAUGCGUUCUAUCCCCACCAUAUUUAAAUGGCCAAACAAUCGCAACUCAUAGACUGAUACACAACAUAACCAGAACCCAAUACAAACACAGUAGUUAUUCAAUAGAAUGGGCACAGGUUCUUCAAAGAACGAAGAUAGAGAAGAGAGUAUGGAGCAAGAAGAAGGUGGAGGCAGUCAGCUUUACGUCUCUCUUAAAAUGGAGAAUUACAAGCAAAAACGAGACCUUUUUCCUCAUGUUUACGGCUCUGUUCCUCUCAUUGGCUCUUGGGAUUCUUCUAAAGCUCUUACCAUGGAACGUGAAUCGGCUUCUAUGUGGGAGUUAAGCUUUGUUGUUCCUCCUAAUCAUGAAACUUUGGAUUUUAAGUUCCUGUUGAAGCCAAAAUACAGCAAUUCUCCGUUUGUUGUGGAGGAUGGUCCGAACCGGGUUCUUACUGGGGGGACAUUGCAAGGGGAAUCUAGACUGGCUGUGUUUAGGAUUGAUGAUGAGGUUCUUGAAUAUAGAGUGUUUAUUAAAGCGGAUAGAGUUUCUCCGUUUGAUCUUGCAGCUAGUUGGAGAGCUUAUCAGGAGAAUUUUCAGCCUUCGACUGUUCGGGGAAUUCCUGAUGUCAGUAUCAAUUCUUCGCCAACUGCCGCAGCUGAGAUUGGCUCCUCAGCUAGUUUGGAGCUAGAUCUUGAGCAUUAUGUCAUCCCACCACCAGCAACUUCUGCGAACUCAGGCCUUGUAUAUCCAGCGAAUAAUGCUGAGAAUCCAAGGUUUCAUAAUGCUGAUGGAUCAGGGAAUAGUUCAUAUUUCUACAAGGAUGGUACUUUUUCAGUUGAUCAACCUACACUUAUUAAGGAGAUGGAGGUUAGCAUCCCAGAUCCAGCCAAGGUCUAUUCAGGUUCUGGAAUGGUCGAGUCAAAGUCUGUGGGGACCUUUUCGCCUCUGCAAAAGCAAGAUAGUCACCGAGGGCUCUUUGUGGAUAGGGGGGUUGGAUCUCCUAGACUUGUGAAAUCAUCUAGUUCAAACACUUAUUCAUUUGAUCUCAAACUUGACUCAGAAACCAAGGUUUGCAGCAAUGAAUAUCCCACAACAGUCAAGACUAAUUCUAUGCCAGCAGCUGCUGGAGCUGUUGCAGCAGCGGCUGUAGCUGAUCAAAUGCUGGGACCAAAGGAGGAUAGGCAUUUAGCAAUAGUUCUGGUUGGUUUACCUGCUCGAGGUAAGACUUUCACUGCUGUUAAACUUACCAGAUAUCUUCGCUGGUUGGGUCAUGAUACCAAGCACUUCAAUGUUGGAAAGUAUCGGCGCCUAAAGCAUGGAGUUAAUCAGUCUGCUGAUUUUUUUCGAGAUGACAAUCCUGAAGGCAUGGAGGCACGUAAUGAGGUAGCAGCAUUGGCAAUGGAUGAUAUGAUUGCCUGGAUGCAAGAAGCUGGCCAGGUAGGAAUAUUUGACGCCACGAACAGUACAAGGAAAAGGAGGAAUAUGCUUAUGAAAAUGGCUGAAGGAAAAUGCAAGAUCAUCUUUCUGGAAACACUAUGCAAUGAUGAACGCAUUAUCGAAAGAAAUAUACGUCUUAAAAUUCAACAAAGCCCUGACUAUGCAGAGGAGCCAGAUUUUGAAGCUGGAUAUCAAGACUUCAAAAAUCGACUAAACAAUUAUGAGAAAGUUUAUGAGCCUGUGGAAGAAGGCUCUUAUAUAAAAAUGAUUGACAUGGUCAGUGGACAUGGUGGGCAAAUACAAGUAAACAAUAUCAGUGGAUAUCUUCCUGGAAGAAUUGUCUUUUUCUUGGUUAAUACACAUCUCACACCCCGCCCAAUCCUACUUACUAGGCAUGGUGAAAGCCGAGAUAAUGUUAGAGGCAGAAUUGGAGGUGACACUGUUUUGAGUGAUAAAGGAGAGAUCUAUGCGAAGAAGCUUGCUAAUUUUGUUGAAAAACGACUGAAACCUGAGAAGGCUGCUUCUAUUUGGACUAGCACGUUGCAGAGAACAAUUAUUUCAGCAAGUCCAAUUGUUGGGUUUCCCAAGAUUCAAUGGCGUGCCCUUGAUGAGAUAAAUGCGGGAGUAUGUGAUGGGAUGACAUAUGAAGAAAUAAAGAAGAAUAUGCCGGAAGAAUAUGAGGCACGAAAGAAGGACAAGUUGAGGUACCGUUAUCCACGUGGAGAGUCAUAUCUUGAUGUCAUUCAAAGGCUAGAGCCCGUAAUUAUUGAACUCGAAAGACAACGAGCUCCGGUUGUAGUCAUCUCACAUCAGGCUGUGUUAAGAGCAUUAUAUGCAUACUUUGCUGAUAGACCUCUCAAAGAAAUACCACAUAUUGAGGUGCCACUUCAUACAAUAAUAGAGAUACAAAUGGGAGUUACAGGUGUCCAAGAGAAAAGAUACAAACUCAUGGACUGAAAACGCUUCUACCAACUCCCAAUUUGUUUUUGCACGUAAUUUCUAUUCAUUAACACUGAUGUAUCAAAUCCUAUCUGCAUCUAAUAAAUUAUUUAUUAAAAUAUUA